UAGCUAGACAGACAACACAUAAUCACCGUGUGCGCAGCAGCACACAUCAAGCAACGGAAAACCACCAAGAGCAAAUCUGUUGUCACGGUUCACCGGUCCGGGCCUAUAGGUUCAUCUUAACGUUGAUGCGACUGAAACAACCUGUCCCCGGCUCUUCCCCCGAAAAUAAGCUCCAUCCGCUGCAUCGCAGAGACGGUGGCAUCGUGGAAGCAUGGCAGAUGCGGAGUUACAAACCUUUACCUCUAUCAUGGAUGCGCUGGUUCGCAUUAGUUCCAACAUGAAGAGUAUGGAACAGGAGCUGCAUUGCCCGGUGUGUGAUGAGAUGGUGAAGCAGCCCAUCCUCCUGCCAUGCCAGCACAGUGUGUGUCUGCUGUGUGCGGCUGAGGUGUUGGUACAGAGAGGUUAUCCUCCUCCAGACCUCCCUCCAGAGCCCAACUCACCGGCCUCCACACCCAACACUCGCUCCCCGCGACAGGCACGCAGACCCACACCAAGGACCCCUGACCGCCUGGAACGGGUCCUCAAAACAGUGUGUGGGACAUAUCCAGGGCGGAGGCGGAGGGACACUGCCACUCCCCCCAUGUUGUUCCCAUGUCCUUCCUGCCAGCAGGACGUGGAGCUGGGAGAAAAAGGCCUGACAGACUGCCUCCGCAACCUCACUCUGGAGCGCAUUGUGGAGAGGUACAGGCACACAGUAAGUCUGGGCAGCGUCGCCAUCAUGUGUGGUUUCUGUAAGCCUCCCCAGUCUCUGGAGGCCACUAAAGGCUGCGCUGACUGCAAGUCCAACUUCUGCAAUGAGUGUUUCAAACUCUACCACCCCUGGGGAACACCCCGAGCUCAGCACGAACACAUUCUACCCACCAACAACUUUAGGCCAAAGGUCCUAGUGUGCUCAGACCAUGAGCAAGAGAGACUGCAGUGGUACUGCCGUAACUGCCAGAGGCUGCUGUGCCCACUGUGCAAGCUUCGACGUGUCCACCAUGGACACAAAGUGUUACCGAUAGCACAGGCCUACCAGGCCCUCAAGGACAAGGUCACCAAGGAAGUCAACUUCAUCCUGGCCAAUCAGGACAUAAUACAGAGCCAGAUCACACAACUGGAAGCUGCCAUCAAACAGAUGGAGGCUAACAGCGCAGCAGCUCUGCAGCAGCUGACCCACUGUAUCCGGGAGCUGGGAGCGGCUGUAGCCGAGCGUCAGACGGCUUUGGUCCUGGCCCUGGAGGGAUCUCGCAGCAGGAGGGAGGAGGCCCUGUCCGCUCAGGUCUCUGAGAGGCGUGGGCUGCUGGAACACGCAGGUCUGAUGGCCUACACACAGGAGCUGCUCAAAGAGACCGAUGCACCCUGCUUCGUGCAGGCUGCCAGAAUCACUCACAACAGGCUGGUGAAGGCCAUAGAAAACCUGCAGUGUUUCUCUCUCGCUGCCGAUCCCUCCUUCAGACAUUUUCACUUGGACGCAUCCAAAGAGGUGAAGCUCAUCAACAGCUUGGAGUUCAUACGUGCCCCACUGGCUCCAGUCAUUGACACUCAGAAGACAUUAGCCUAUGACCAGCUCUUUUUGUGCUGGCGCCUCCCUCAGGACUCGGCCCCAGCGUGGCACUUUUCUGUUGAAUACCAGCGACGAGCAGGAGGAGCUGGAGCGGCAUGGGGCGGCACCAGAUCCCCCAACUCUUUGAUAGCAUGGCUGCGUCUGGAUGAAGUGAGAGGGAUCAGUGCCGUGAUUGAUCGACUGCAGAUGGACAGUGUGUAUGUGCUCAGGGUGAGAGGAUGUAACAAGGCCGGGUUUGGAGAGUACAGUGAAGAGGUGUACCUCCACACUCCACCGGCACCUGUGUUGAGUUUCUCCUUGGACUCUCGCUGGGGUUUGCAUGCUGACAGGCUGGCACUGGGUAAAGGCCAAACCUACGCCCGCAGUGUGCCAGGCCUCGCCCUCCUGCAGGCUGCUGAUCGCACGCUCACCUCUUGCCACUUGACUUCUGACCUGCUGGUGGCCGACCUGGCUGUCACUCAAGGCAGACACUACUGGGCAUGCUCUGUGGAGCCUGGGUCCUACCUGGUAAAGGUGGGAGUAGGGCAGGAGACUAAGCUACAAGAGUGGUUCCAUCUCCCUCAGGACAUGGCCAGCCCUCGCUGUGACCCAGACAGUGGUCAUGACAGCGGGGCGGAGGACGGCCAGGACUCCCCUCCCUUCUGCUUCCUCACCAUUGGCAUGGGCAAGAUCCUGCUUCCUCAAGGACAUGGUCACAGUCAGAGCCAGGGGGACAGCCAGAGCCAUGGAGGAGUCCACUCCCACAGCAGCAGCCACAGUAACCUGCCUCACCCUCAUACUGCUCCUCUGCCUCCCCGACUAGGAGUGUGUCUGGACUGUGAUAAAGGACGAGUCACCUUCUAUGAUGCCCACUCGUUGCGGAUCCUGUGGGAGGGACACGUGGAUUGCUCAGCUCCAGUGUGUCCGGCCUUCUGCUUCAUCGGCGGAGGAGCGCUGCAGCUGCAGGAUCUCGUGGCCAAUCGGAGCAUUGAGGAGCCGCCGCCUCGGAGGGUAACCAUCCAAACACGAGCAACAAAUCUGAGUAAAUAAAUGAGGAGACAGUUCACUCACAGAUCAAAGUUUGUCUCAUGUCUAUAGAGUUAAAGGUGGUUUAUAUUCACCACUUUAUGUGGGUUGAGGAUUAAUUGCCUUUGAUACUGAAUUGAACUGUCACUGCUGAAUAUGUUUACGUUUUUUCCUUAUCUGACUAUAAAUAUCUGAUCUUUUGCAUUUGCACCUGAAAAUAUCAAAUCUCUCUUUUGGCUUGAUUUAUUUAUCAUCUUUUCCUGCUUUCUUUCUCCUCGACUAUGGACAUUGUGGCUGAAGUGAUUUUAGACUAUGCAGAAAUCUGUUGACAGGGUGAGUCAAACACCUUUAUAACAGGUUAAAAAAAAUCGGUUUGCAGUGUAAGAAAAAUUUGCUCUCCCUUUACACUUGUCUUAAUUUGUCCCAGAAUGACCGGACAACAGAAGUUGCAUGCAAGUGUAACUAGGAUUCAUAACUUACAUAUAUGCAGAUAACUGACUGUCACCUUGUAAAAGCACCUCAGAUGUACUGUAUGUCUAAUUUUCUAUCUUAAUUUUUAAUGUAGCUUCAACAAGUGUUAAAAAUGUGUACAUAAUGCAGAAUUAGAGAAUGUGAAUAUUCCUCGGUUGUUGAAUUGUGAAGUUCUGCUGGCUCGAGUCAGGAUCACGUGUCUCUGUGUCUAAACAGUUGGAAUUUUAUAUAGUCACUGUUUUGCAUUUCAAAAGGACUCGUGUGGCAUUUCGGCUGGGUAAACAUGCUCACAGUUGCCUCCGUGUUUUCAGAUUACAACAGAAAUGAAACGACAGUAAAAAAAAAAAAAAAAAAAAAGGGUUCUGAAGAAUAAUGUUCUCAUCAUGCUGGUUGACUUAUAAACAUGCGAAUACAUUUCAGUGUUUUACAUUCUGACAAAAGUUAAAAAUGUAGGUGGCCUACUUGUCCAGUAUUAAACUGUGGUGUUUGAGUGAUUUGCACAUACAUAUUAAUGAUCGGCUAGAGGAAGUGGAUGGAAGUAGGUCUGUUUUAAGAGCUCUGGUUGACUUUAAAUUUGACUUUUUUUUUUUUUUGUAUAGCUUUUGGUUUUCCUACUGCAACUGACAGUAGCUCAAUUAGUAAUUGACUAAACUGAUUCACAGUUAUGUUUGGGGAAUGUAAGAGCCCAGGUAUGUAUCAUUUCAAUUCAAGAGAUUGUCUAUAUUCUAAUAUUUUCAAAUCAACUGACUCUGACUGUAUUUUGAUAUAUGGUAUGAUUUUCUGGUGUGUGUGUGUGUGUGUGUGUGUGUGUGUGUGUGUGUGUUUUCAGAGAGAGAAAGAGAGAUCUCUGGCUGUGACUUUCAUGCUUUCUGAUGUGUGUCUGUCUGUGUGUGUGUUUGUCCUGUCUUGAAGAACUUGUCCAGACUCCUCCACUUGUGUUACAGAACAGCACUUGAAUGACUUUAGACUGUAGCAUCUCAGAAAUCAGAAUCUACAAAUGAAGACUUUGCCUUGCUGGCAGAAUGUUUCUAUCAUGUCAUGAGAAACACAAUAAAUGACUGAUAACUGUAA